AACCCUAUCGAUUUUGCUAAGGAAUAUCUUACGAAUCUCCCUCUCUAUCUUGUCAACGUCUAUAGAACGAUUCCAAUGGCGAGCAACGGAGGAGUUAAGGACACGGCUACGGUGGAGAACGUCUCAGUGCUAUCUACUGGUGAAAUCCCCAAGAAGAUCGUCGACCUAAACACUACGGAGCCAGAUGAUGACGUUCUCGACGGAGAAGUCAAGGAAUCCACUGAAGUUUCUGGUGGUGAGAAGAAGGACGAAUCCGACGCUAAGGCUGUUGGAUCGACGGCGGCUGGGGAUGUAUCUCCGGUGGAUGAUGUCCAGAAGAAGAUCCGACGUGCUGAGAGGUUUGGUGUUUCAGUGAAGUUAACGGAAGAGGAGAAGCGCAAUUCUCGUGCUGAGAGGUUUGGUACUGUAGCGGCGGUGAAGGGCUCAGAGGGAACGAAGAAAGCAGAGGACUUGAAGCGAAAGGCUAGAGCUGACAGAUUUGGGGUUCCUGCAUCAUCAGCCUCUACUAAAGUUGAUAACACCGAAGAGGAGGCGAAGAAGAAAGCUAGGCUCGCCCGUUUUGGGAAUGAUACUAAAGUUGAUUCCGCUGAAGAUGAUAAACGCAAAGCUAGGGCGCUUAGGUUUUCAAAACCUGCUUCUGAUUCAUCUUCUGAUUUACCUGAGAAGCUUAAUAUUGGCAAGGAGGCAGCUGUAUCAGGCAACGCUGCCUAAGGUUCUUGAAUAAAAGUCUCUUCUGUAGUUAGGUAGAGUUCGUUUUAUGAUUCCCCUCUGGCUGCUUGAUUCUCUCUCUCUCUUUUUCUGCAAUUAGAAGUCCCGGUGUGUAGUAUCUUAAUUAAAGUCGAAGUUUGGUCGUGGAGCAAUGAUUCUCUCAGAUGGUUGGAAGCUAAGUUGUCACCAGAUGAGACCAUGAGAAACCAAUAAGUAACCUAUAGUUCUGAUUGUCUUUAAAAAGGCAAUUAUCAAUGUGUUAGGACCUAGGAAAUCUGAAGUGGUUGGUAUUUUUAAUUUUUUCCAUGUUGCAGGUUCUUGAAAUGGUAAGUAUAGAUUUAAGCUCUUUUAACACCGCAUGUUCGUACCAAGCUUGUUAGAAAUCAGUAGUGUUGAUUGCUCUUGAGUAUAUUUUGAAAACCAGCCUGAGUUGCUAGCCUAUCUAUCAAAGUAACUGUGGUUUGUCAUCUUACUAUUGUCACUAAAGGUAGCUGGUUUACAUACAUCUGUUGUGUGCUUGAUUGCGUAAACUGCGUGCAAAACGGAUCCCAUUACCUAUGUUUUCUUGUUUGGUUUGCUUAUUAAUAUAUAUUACCUGUGAAGCCACUACUUCAGAAUUCCUUUGUCAUGUAAGACAUCAUUAGAACUAUAGAAGUGCUUGUUGGUUUCCAUUUCUCUGGUCUCUAUGGCAAUUUGAAGUGAAGGGAGUCUUCAGGCGUUGAUUCUAUGUUCGUGGGACUUGGACUUUGCUAUCUUUCUGAUGCUACACAGUUUCUUAUGUGUCUGUAAUAGAUUUUAGAUAAAACUUUGUUGAUACAUUUUGAAUCAAGCGCCAGGAAACUUUUAUGAAGGGAAUGUAAUGUUUUACUUUUGAAUCUUAUUUUCAGUUAUUAUGUUUGUGCUUAUUUACAAUUGUACAUUUGUCGAUGUGUCGUGUUCCUUAACGCUUAACAUACUGCAAGUUUUA